CUCUACCUCCUGUACCACUGUCUGUUGACCCUCUGAACUUUGACCUUUGACUCCUAGAACAUGAGUGACGCCAUGGCGGUUCUCCACAAGCUGCAGACGGGGCUGGACGUGAACGUGAAGUUCACCGGCGUGCGUGUGUUUGAGUACACGCCCGAGUGUAUCGUCUUCGACCUGCUGGAUAUCCCGCUGUACCACGGCUGGCUCGUCGACCCGCAGAUGGAGGAGACAGUGAGGGCGGUGGGAAACUGCAGCUAUAACCAGCUGGUGGAGAAGAUCAUCUCCUGCAAACAGGCAGAGAACAGCCAACGGGCUGGAGAAGGCUUCGUGGCGGAGCAGUUCCUGCACAGCACGGCGACCCAGCUGACGUACCAUGGCCUCUGUGAGCUGACCUCCAGCGUGGAGGAAGGGGAGCUGUGUGUGUUCUUCAGGAACAACCACUUCAGCACCAUGACCAAGUUUAAGGGGCAGCUGUAUUUGCUGGUGACUGACCAGGGUUUCCUAACGGAGGAGAAGGUUGUCUGGGAGAGUCUCCAUAAUGUGGAUGGAGACGGAAACUUCUGUGACUCCGAGUUUCGCUUGCGACCGCCGUCAGACCCCGAGACCGUCUACCAUGGGCAGCAGGACCAGAUCGACCAGGACUACCUGAUGGCUCUGUCUCUGCAGCAGGAGCAGCAGGGUGACGAGCUGGUCUGGGGUCAGUGUCCCGAGGGCGUCAGUGAUCUGGAGCUGGCCAAGAAGCUGCAGGAGGAGGAGGAUCGCCGCGCAUCGCAGUACUACCAGGAGCAGGAGCAGGAGCAGGCACAGCAGCAGCAGCAGCAGGCAGUAGGGGGUGAUGUUCUGGACCGCGGGGCAGAAGAAGCAGAAGCAGCAGGAGGAGAAGGAGGAGGAGGAAGAGGAGGAGGAGGAGGAGGAGGAGGAGGAGGAGGAGGGGCCGCUGGGGCCGCUGGAGAUGGAGGAGCAGCAGGGGCCUCCGGCACACGCAGAAGCCCAGGAAAGCAGCCCUCGGCUGGGGACCGCAAGGCCCGCAAGGAGCCCAAGGACAAGGACAAAUGUGUGCUGCUGUAACGAACGCAGGCCUGUCUGCUGGCUAGUGUGUGUGUGUGUGUGUGUGUGUGUGUGUGUGUGUGUGUGUGUGUGUGUGUGUGUGUGUGUGUGUGUGGAUAUAUACAUGUGUAUGAAAAGAGAGACAUGAUUGGACAUAGGGGUGUGUGUAUGGCCCCCGCCCUCUUCACACACACACGCACACACACACACACACACACACACGCACACACACACACACUCUCAGAGGCAGAGUUGAUUCAUCCCUUCCCAAGCCACCGGUGCCUCGCGGCCUUCCUCCCCCGAACAGGAAGUGUCGCCAUGACAACUACCACUGCAUCUUUCCUACAGGAGGCCAAACGUACCUCUGCUGUCUUUCUCACUGGGGGGGGGGGGCAAGUUUGGCAAGAUGGGGGGAAUUUUUUAGAAAAACGAAACAGAAAACAGACAAGACUGGAACCACAGAAAAAACACAGAUCCAUCGCCCCUCUGUUCACACAC